AGCCGCGCCAUCUGGUGGUGACUUACAGCCUCAACCAGUUCAUGUCCAGCUUUGUGUAGAUCAUACAGCAGCAGUCCGCUGCUCUCCGUCUUUGUCCUCAAGGCAACUGCGCGCGCUGCCUUGAAUGUAAACCCAAGCUAGUUUUUAUUUCUAAACGAGUAUUUUGAGCCAUCUAUUUAAAGACUGUUAAACGAUCAGAAGAAUUCAAAGAUGGUUUUAGUACAUGUUGGAUACCUGGUUCUACCCGUUUUCGGCUCAGUAAGAAAUAGAGGAUCUCAGUUUAACAGGCAUCAGCAUAGCCAUGCUACCUCUUGCCGGCAUUUCCAAGUAGGGCCUCAGGCCCAGAUCCCUGUUGACUUCCCAAUGCCCCAUCCAGGACAAUCACAGGCGGGCAUGAACCCACACCUUGGCCCAACGCACCAGCCAGCUGCCCCGUUGCAUCCUCCCCUUGGCCACAUACCAGCACCACAGUUCCAGGAUAUCCAAGGCCCCCCCUUCCUACCUCAGGCUUUACACCAGCAAUACCUCAUCCAGCAGCAGAUCCUGGAGGCACAGCACAGGAGGUUCCUUGCGCAGCCCAGCAGGCAUGCCCAAGAAAGAACAGCACACCAUCCCCAGGCGAUCCGUGCCCCCUAUGAAUACACCCCCUCCAUACAUGUUCCUCCCCCUCCACCUGUACAGCAGCAGCCACGCUAUCUUGCUGAAGGAACAGACUGGGACUUGAGUGUGGACCCUGGUCUACCUCAUUCACACUACCAUGUCCCUCAGCUCCCACAGCACUAUCAGCACUACCUGGCCUCUCCAAGGCUGCACCACUUUCCCAGAAAUGCAUCCUCAGCUCAAGUGGUUGUCCAUGAGAUCAGAAAUUAUCCCUAUCCACAGUUACAUCUAUUGACACUGCAGGGCCUCAAUCCCUCCCGCCAUGCCACUGCUGUGAGGGAAAGCUAUGAGGAACUCUUGCAGCUGGAAGACAGACUUGGCAAUGUGAAUCGAGGGGCUGUGCAGACCACCAUUGAAAGGUUUACAUUUCCUCAUAAAUACAAAAAGAGAAGACCACUGGAGCUGAAAAUAGGGAUGGAUGAGGAUGAGCUGGACACAGAUGAAAAAUGUACAAUCUGCCUGUCGAUGCUUGAGGAUGGAGAGGAUGUGAGGAGAUUACCCUGCAUGCACCUCUUCCAUCAGGCUUGUGUUGACCAGUGGCUUUCAACCAAUAAGAAGUGUCCAAUUUGCAGGGUGGACAUUGAGACCCAGCUGACUCCGGACAGCUGAUAUCUCCUGUAGCGUUGGUGAAAGGUCUGCCAUUUUUCCCUGUCCCUUUUCGGGUACUUUGCCAAAUGUCUGUCUCUUCAUCACCUCUCACCUUUGACCUUGCCUUCUGAGCCAACUCGAAACGUGAAACUUUAAUCCAUGUCGGAUUAAAGGUGAAUAGCAAAGUGAGCGAAAUGAAAAAGAGUCCGAGGAUUCAUGGAGAAGAAUGUUCAGAUCUGCGCGAGUGUCCAGGGCAGGUUUCAGUGUGACUUUUUGCAGAGUCUGUCAUUAGGAUGGUUCCUAACGAAGUCCCCUGCAUGGACAUUCAGUGUGUUUAGGACAGUAAGUGCAUCCCCUGGAUGAUCUCAACUGCAGAUAACAUAAAGCUUUUCCUCUGUCACAAUGUUUCAUAAUGCAUUAUAACAAAACUUUAUGAAGCUUUCAAAUUUCCAAUUGCUAGUAGUAGUCAGUCAUGUAUUUCAGGUGUUCUGCAUUCUUCUACAGUGCAGUUAAUCAAGUAAAAAAAAAAAAAAAUCAAUAUUCAAAAUGAGUACUAUGUGGGAACAAUAUGUGAAUGAAGAUAGUAAAGUAGUAUGAAAUGUAAUUAGUAGAUAAAAAAAAAGGUGGAUUUCAAACAAAAUCUUAAUCCUAAUAAGGAAUGUGUAAAGGAAAACUUUAUUCUCACAAGUCGAGUUAUCCAGCGGUAUGAAAUGACACUAACAAUUAUUAACUGUAAUUAUCAGAAGUGAUAUAUAAUAUACUUUCUGUAACCAUGGUGACAGCAAGACCAGGCUUGAUUUAAGCUGUGACAGUAUGUAUUUGUGCUUGUGAACUCUCCAUGCUUAGAAAAGUAUCCUCAAAAUGCAUGUUCUGUGAGAGGCUGAGGCUUGUUUUCAGGAACAUAAACGGAAAGAUGGGCAAUUUGUGCAUGACAGAUAUCUUACUAAUUCUGAAGACACUGUGUUCUCAACAUGUCACUGAAGAAACCAGGAGUGAGAUGUAUACCUUAAUGCCUGUAGGACAAGCACACAUUCUAAUAACAACAGCCUACUUCUCAGUGUUUCCAUUAGCAAUGUACGUGUGUGGUAUCGCUUGAAAGUACAGCAUAUGUAGAGUAUGAAGCUAACUAAGAAAGCAGUCAUAUUGUGCAUGAAAACUGUUGCUGCCAUUUCUGGGGGAGAUGAAAAGGGAGAAAAGCCAUUGUUUUAUAGAAACCAAACAUAACUUUUCUAAACUGUAUUUUGAGUUUAUUUCAUUCUUUCCAUUCUGUUCUUCAUGUUUUUUUUCCCCUAAUAUUGAGGAUUAUGCCAACCUAUUUGUGGGGCUGUUUCAGCUUCUCACCAUUUUAAAUAAGUAGCUGCAAUGCUGGAAUAAUAUUUAUUGUUGUCUUAAUGUAGCUAGCUGUUAUUUUUGUAAAUGCACUAUAUUAUGAGGUUGCCUGACUUCGAUGUGAUUGUGAAUGUUUCUCUUGUCCCUGCUUAUGCAUUUGCACUCAGUGACCUGUCUCUUUGAACAUGUACACUGCGGUUGCUCCUGACAGUAUACUCCAUCCAAAAAAAAAAAAAAAAUAGUAGCGUGGCUUAACUUCAGUCAUUAUUUCCACUUGUAUUACUUAAAUUAUUUGAACCCUUGCUUAAAUGUAUGUGACAUCAUGGCUUAGUAGCAUUUCUGACACUAAUUUGACAAAAAAAAGAAAAGAAAUUGCAUUGCAGUGCAGUGAUGCAUUGAUUAAUUACAACUUGCUUGUUUUUUUUCGCGUUUCCCUGGAUUAGAGGCAAUUCUAAACCAUUGUGGUAAAUUGUAUUUGAAAAACAAAGAAGUUUCUAUUUCUGUUUCACUAUAAAUUGGCUUUAUUAUUAUCACAAUUGUCUCAGUGAGAGUUUUGUGUAGCUCACCCUUGCUGGCCUUUUUGUGUGUGAGCAGUGUUAAUGUCUGUUGAGCUUCCUUCUGUUACUUCAAUGAAAACUUUUCUUCAGAAGGUACAGAGCAGUCUUUUUUCUCAUUUCCUGUGUGCAGCAUUCAAUAGUUUACACAGGAUUUUGUGCAGUAAAAAUGCCUUAAGUAUUUAACAAUCAUAAUUUAUUACUAACUUAGCUCUAUGGGUGCAUAUUUAAGUUUUGAUUUAGUUUAGCGAUUGAAUCAGUUUAUUUAUUUACAUAGGCAUAAUGUGUAUAAAUACCUCAUCGUGCAUAUUUUAAUGGGAGUGCUUUGCAUGCAUUUGUUAUUUAAAGGAGAAAAAGAGAAACUCAAGUUUAAAAAAAUUCAAAGGGGUCUGCUGAAAUGUGUCAGUGUGUGGUGCUGUGGAUUUGGUUACAUUCCAUUAAUGCGAUUUCAAAGAAUUAUUUAGCUGUGAUCUAGUAGACAAACUGCUAUAGACUGGAAAUGUUUUGCAUGUAUCUCCUAUUUUGCACUCUCGGCUUGGCUACCCUCUCACUGGCAUUUGGAAAAUGUGCACCAUACUCUUUUUUUUGUUUGUUUGUUUGUUUGUUUUUGUUUUAAUUCUUCUAACUUGGUUAGUAUCUAACAUUUUUUAAGUAUUACAACACAGCUUAGUGCAGAGUGAGAUGUACUGUGAUUAGCCUCUUGUCCAAAAUGCUUUACAUUAGCUUGAUUUCUAUUAAAUAGAGAUCAGUCUUUUUUAAAACGUUCUGUUUGCAUACUCACCCCUACUCCCCCAAUUCGUACUCAUUUUUUAUACUAAUAACAGGGUCUGAAGCUAAAUGUCUGUCUCAAGAUAUAUAUCACUAAAUGUAAUGUGGCCAUUAUUUAUUCUUUUGAUGUUUUUAGAUGACGUGACGAACAAAAUUGUCAAAUAUAAAAAAUAAAAUACAAAUAAAAACCUCCCAUGAAAUAUAUUUAGCUCUCAGCUUGACCAGGCACUGAUUUUUUUAAAGGUGCAAAUUUUAAACAACAUGGCAUGGUACAUUAAUUUAGAGUAGAUUUAGCUAAUAAGGGCAGAAGUCCCUUCUCAUUGUGUCAAAUAAUUGACCCAUCCCAAAGGAAAAUAAUUUUCUUGUUUGAACUGACAAACAUAUUGGAACUCCCUAUUUAUUUGCAGACGCCUGAUAUGAUCUAAGACAUGCCUUGUCAUAUGAUUUGUCCCACCAGCCUUAAGGUCUUUUUCCUUGCUCCACCACACUAGAAGAUUUUGGACAUACAGCAAUAGUAUUAUGUUUUGCAAACAGAAUGAACAGUAGAUCCUAAAGCACAAGCUCUAUAAUGCAUGUCUUUCUCAGGUUUUAAUAUACGUAUGAGAAUGGAUAGAUAUGUUAAAAUAUUUUACCAUAAAUCUUUCUGAUGUUUUUUCUGCUGCUGAUGUUAAAAAAAAAAUAUUGAAUAACCUGCCAGUGAAAGGGAAGUGGCUAUCUUUGUAUAAGACACUGCUGUUGCUGUUACUGCGCAAUGUUUUCUGACAUUAAUAUUUUAUAGUUGAGUAGAAAAAAAAUAUGUAUUGACAAUAUUUAAGCAAUAGCUCGAUGAUCAUCAUGUACGAUAACUAGAUUAAGUGUAUAUUGCGUAAAAAAAAAAAUUAGAUUCACUUUUGGUGGAUUUUGUACUGUAUUUAUUACUAAUGAUGCAAAAAGUUGCAUAGCUUAACCCAAACUGUUCUUUCUUUUUUAAUUUCUUGUCU